UCGACCAUUCAAUUACGAGUAUGUAACUUGACUAGUCGCCAGUCGGUAUUCAAUUGGACUUGGGUCCAGAGGUCUAAGAUUUGUGGUGACCUAAAAAUUAUUAUAAUAUUUAAUUUCAGUUGUAACUUUAAUUUGAGACUUUAUUUAUUGGUGUCGUUGAUUAGCUAAUCAUUUAUAAAAAUGACUUCAUCAUUAUUAAGUUACGAGACGCUCACUCAUGCGAUAGCAGGAGCUACGGGCAGUGUGGUCGGAAUGGCUGCUUUUUAUCCUUUGGAUACGAUUCGGUCGAGGUUACAAGUUGAUGACACUAAAAAACUUCAUGGGACUACCUUAGAAUUACUUAUUAAAUUGACCAAAGAAGAAGGAAUCGAAGCUCUUUACCAUGGACUAGGUCCUGUUUUACAAUCACUAUCAGUGUCCAAUUUUGUUUAUUUUUAUGUAUUCCAUUCCUUACGUAGAGUAAGUUCAGCAUCUCCUUCAGCUGCGAGGGAUCUUUUAAUUGGAAUGGUUGCUGGUAGUGUUAAUGUACUUCUUACAUCACCCCUGUGGGUUGUUAAUACAAGGAUGAAGUUAGAAAAAAAUUCAUACUCUAGUUUAUUUGAAGGUCUCCUUACAUUAUUUCAGAAAGAAGGGGUAAAGGGUCUUUGGUCUGGUACAUUGCCUUCACUUUUGUUAGUAUCAAAUCCCGCUAUUCAAUUUAUGGUUUAUGAGUCAUUAAAGAGGAAAAUAAUGGCAAGGGGAAAAUUUGACAUAUAUUCAGCAUUUGCAGUAGGAGCUGUAGCCAAAGGAAUAGCGACCACUUUAACUUAUCCCUUACAAUUAUUUCAAUCAAGGCUGCGAGCUGGCACCAGUCUCAAACCAUUAUUUAAGGACAUCAAAAAACACCCCGCAACUCUCUUUAGAGGCUUAGAGGCUAAACUAUUACAAACAAUCAUGACUGCUGCUUUGAUGUUUUUGAUUUAUGAAAAAGUAUUUCGUCUAGUUCUAACCAUAAUGAGAGUGAAAUUAAAAAAACAUUAAUAUUUACGGAUAAGCUUAUUUAACAUGUCAAAGUAGAUACUUAAUCAGGUGGAUAGAUUAAUGAGUACGGGUGUGGUUAUAUGAUUGUUUAUAGUUGGGCAUUUAACAUGACAUUUAUUACAUUUUAUGACUGUGAUGGAGUUAAAACCGUUAUUUAACUUGUUAGUUUAUAGAAAAGCUUGAUAUUGUACUAAUAAAUAAUUUUUAAAGAUCAUUUUCAAUAUUAUGUGACACAUAUAUCAUAGUAACAGCUUUUCUGCAUUGGGUUUUUACUUAAUAAAAUAAAUAAAUAAUGAUAA